AUGGGUAACUGCGUCAGCUGUUUUCGCGGCGACGCAGAGGCGCGGACAGUAAAAGCGACAGGCGCCGCCGCUUCCGCUCAACAGACCGAAACCGUCGGCGCGCACGUACUGUCCCCCGUUGCGGACCACCGCGAAUACAAAUCCGCGCCUCUCCUCCGCUCGAAGAACCCCCACCCUUCCGAAGUGGUUCCCGUCAACCCUUCCCCCUCUCCGGCGCCGCCGCCUCAGGCGGAAGAACGACCGCCGUGCCCCCCAGCCGCCUCCGUCGGAGAGUCCUGCAGCCCUAACCACGAGGUGACUUAUGAUUUGACUCAAGAUCUUGAGCCCCGCAGCCCUUACAACGAUUCAUCCGCCGCGCGGACGUCCGCCGGCCUCCCUCCGCUCCGCGAGUUCAGCUACGCGGAGCUGCGCGCGGCGACGGGGGGAUUUGCGCCCGCGCACGCCAUAGGGGAGGGGGGGUUCGGAAAGGUGUACCGCGGGCGGAUGGUUCUGCCGCAGGCUGCGGGCGACGGCGCGUCGAGGGAGCGCGAGGUGGCCGUCAAAGUGACGAAUGGCAGACAAUUCACCGAGAGAGACCUGCAGUGCUUUGAGGCUGAGGUGGCUGCCAUGACAGCACUGAAUCAUCCCAACAUUCUGAGGUUGGAGGGCGUGGCGAUGGACAUGGAGCAGAGGCCAAUUCUCGUGUAUGAGCUCAUCCCAGGAGGCAAUGUCAGAAAUCUUCUAGCACGAGUCCGCAGGAACGGAGCACGUUUUCCGUGGAAGGAUCGUGUGAAGGUGGCACUGGGGUGUGCCAAGGCGCUAGCUGCCAUUCACGAAAACAGGCUCAUUCACCGCGAUUUCAAGUCGUCAAACGUGCUUCUGCGAGAGGAUUUCACUCCGGUGUUGGCUGACUUUGGUUUGGCUCGCACCAUAGAGGACUGGAGAACGCACGUGUCAACAGCAGUGGUCGGCUCGUUAGGAUACAUUGACCCAAACUACUGGCAGACAGGCCAACUAAACCAGGAGGCUGACACAUACGCAUUCGGCGUGUUCCUUUUGGAACUGAUUUUCGGCUAUGCACCCCUCGAUCAACGGUAUCAAGAGCUGAAGAGGCUGGUCAGCCUGAGAAAUUUUAGCAACGCCGCCUCGGUUACUGACCCAACUAUAGACGAGGAGUGGGAACCGGGGCAUGUUCUUACAAUGCUGGUUCUGGCUCGCUUUGCCACUAAUACGAGCUUGAGGGCUCGGAUCAAUAUGGACCGUAUUGUCACAGAACUUACAAACAUCUGGACCGCAAUUCCGGCCGACAAUUGA